CAACGCUCAUUUCGAGCAAAAUGAACCAUUGAUAUCAGUUCGAUAGCAAUCGCGAGUAAAGCUCCUAGAACAUGGAUCCUUCAGACCCUGGGAAGGCGCAUGCGCUCGAUGUCAAUAACGCGUCACACUUGACGAAUGCAUCAGCUAACACCACCACCUCCGCAACACCGCAACAACCAACCCCGCCCAGCUCGAACGCUCCCGCAUGGUCAGUACAGAUGAACAAGUUCCCAUCGAAUGGCAAUGCUGGACCUAGCUUCCAUCAGUUUUCAGCCUCAACAGCUGCGAUCUUGGAAAGACUGCAGCAAGGCAAAUCCGGGCAUGCUUCAACUUCGGCUGCGUUUGAAGCGAAGAAGGCCGAAAUUAUGCAGAACUACGCUACAAGCGACAAGCUAUCAACACCGCCGCCAGCGCCGACUGUAAGCAAGAGGGUCAGAGGAGGAAAAGCCGGUACUCCAUUGAAGACGGAAGUAGGGGCAACACCAGCAGGAGCAACACCAAUGUCGGGCCGUGGGUCAGCAAAAGGGAAGGUUCGAGGUCGGGGACGGGCUCGAGGCGGGAGAGGAGGCCGUGGAGGUAAGAGAAAGCGCUCUGACAGCGCGGAAGAGGAGAGUGACAACGAUGACGACGACGACUCCGACGUGUCAGAAACGUACACACCACAGCCUACGCGGACAAAGUCCGGGCGCAGUGUCAACAGGCCCAUCGCAUUCGUUCCAGUGAUACCAGAGCCAACACCAGGCGUCAAGCGGAGGAAAUCGACAAAGACCAUGCUAGCCGCAAAAUGCAAGACAUGCCAACGAGAUACAGACCCGUCACAAAACAGAAUAGUAUUCUGCGAUUCAUGUAGUACGGCGUAUCAUCAGUACUGUCACAAUCCACCCAUUAGUAAUGAGGUAGUCACAGUAUUGGAGAAAGAAUGGUUGUGUGGACCUUGCGCGCGUUCGAGAGAGAGCGUGGUCCAGGGAACAGAGCACCUUGUAGCUGCAGAGGAUUUGUCGAUAGACGAGAAACGCGCGUACCUUUCCACUCUCCCACAGCCUCAACUCGUCUCUCUUUUACUACAUGCCACAAUACGACAUCCGGAGCUUCCUGUAUUUCCUCCCAACAUUGCUGAUCACCUCCCGAAUCCGUCAACUGCAUCUCAGUCACAGCCCCCAGCUAUAACCGCCGCAAUACCACCGAUCGUGUCGACCGCAACCCCUCUCGUUCACACGCCGAACACCACUGCGUCCUCCUCUGAAGCACAGGUGUUGCGAGAGAUGGGGAUGCGCGCUCAGCCGAGGGUGACAUUAGACAUGGCGGGUAAUCGGUAUGAGGAAGAUGACGGAUACGAUACCGACCCACCAACACACUACCCAAAAGCGGGCCAAGGGCUGGCAAGAACCUUGAGACCUGAAAGUGAGGAUUUGCAGUGGUUAGUGGACGACAAUUUUGAGGUGUUCAGCCAUGGAUGGAAGGGCGAUGGGAGUGGGUUGGGCGCUGAUGGCACGCUGGACAGCAAGGCUUAGGCGGCCGAUGCACAGAAGCAGGAACCAAACAAAAGGGAUGUAUCCCAGAGAAAGGAGAUGACCGACUACGAUGAUGGUGAGCUCAGCGAAAUGGA